UUGUUUUAUUAUCUAUACAUAUAUGACCACUAUAUCAAUUGACAUCAAUUUUUAUCAAAAAAUAUAUAAUAAUAUACAUAUUAAUUAACUUUUUUAAAAAGAUUUCUUCAAAAAAAAAAAAGAUCUCUUAAAAAAAGAUUUCUUCAAAAAAAAAACUGGAUUAAAAAGAUUGCAUACUGGUAAUUAAAUUUCUUCCAAAACUAAAAAUUAUUUCCUUUGUCACGAACUCAGCGUUACCUCCUCCGUUGGACAAAACACGCAAGAAGAUUGUAACUGUCUUCAUGCACAAAACACACACAAAUACACUCCUAUAAAAAUAUAUUAUCUAUCAGAAUUGAGCUCUAAUUUCUAUUGAGAUCUUUCGAAAUAUACCCGCACAUACAAAUAUUAUUUAAUCAGAUCGCCAAAAACUAUAAAAUGGCGAGAAUGGAAAGCCUGAUAGGGCUGGUUAAUAAAAUUCAAAGAGCUUGCACUGUAUUGGGUGAUCAUGGUGGAGAAGGAAUGUCUCUCUGGGAAGCUCUUCCUUCUGUUGCUGUUGUUGGUGGCCAGAGUUCUGGAAAAUCCUCUGUGUUGGAAAGUGUCGUUGGGAGGGAUUUCCUGCCCCGGGGAUCAGGCAUUGUGACAAGAAGGCCAUUGGUUUUGCAACUACAUAAGGUGGAGGGGGGUUCUGAAUAUGCAGAGUUUCUUCAUGCUCCAAGGAAAAGGUUCUCUGAUUUUGCUGCUGUGCGUCAGGAGAUUUCAGAUGAAACAGACCGCGUAACAGGGAAAUCCAAGCAAAUCUCUAACCAUCCAAUCCAACUUAGCAUAUAUUCUCCAAAUGUUGUGAACUUAACCCUCAUAGAUCUUCCUGGGCUGACAAAGGUUGCUGUAGAGGGACAGCCAGAGACAAUUGUUCAAGACAUUGAACAUAUGGUUCGUUCUUAUGUUGAGAAGCCCAACUGCAUUAUAUUGGCCAUUUCACCUGCUAAUCAAGAUAUUGCCACUUCUGAUGCUAUCAAGCUAGCAAGAGAAGUUGAUCCUUCAGGUGAAAGGACAUUCGGAGUGCUUACAAAACUUGAUUUGAUGGACAAGGGAACAAGUGCCAUAGAUGUUCUUGAAGGAAGGUCAUACAGACUGCAACAUCCAUGGGUUGGAAUUGUGAACCGUUCACAAGCUGAUAUUAACAAAAAUGUUGACAUGAUAGCUGCUCGCCGCAAGGAGCAGGAAUAUUUUGAAUCUAGCCCCGAGUAUGGACACUUGGCCCAUAAAAUGGGUUCAGAAUAUCUUGCAAAGCUUUUAUCAGAGCAUCUGGAAAUUGUAAUCAGGCAACGAAUACCUAGCAUUAUUGCUUUAAUAAACAAAACAAUCGAUGAGCUUAAUGCAGAGUUGGACCGGAUUGGCAGGCCGAUUGGUACUGACGGAGGGGCGCAACUAUACACCAUCUUAGACAUGUGCCGUGCAUUUGAUCGUGUAUUUAGGGAGCACUUGGAUGGAGGGCGAGCUGGUGGACACAAAAUUUAUGGAGUCUUUGAUCACCAACUUCCAGCUGCUUUAAAGAAACUCCCAUUGGAUCGUCAUCUCUCUCCAAGUAACGUCAAGAGAGUAGUUACUGAAGCAGAUGGUUAUCAGCCCCAUUUAAUCGCUCCUGAACAAGGAUACAGAAGACUAAUUGAUGGAUCUCUUGGCUAUUUCAAAGGCCCUGCUGAAGCUUGUGUUGAUGCUGUUCACAUAGUACUCAAAGAACUAGUGAGGAAGUCGUUGAUUGAAACACAGGAACUAAAGCGAUUUCCAACACUUCAAUCUGAUAUAGCAGCUGCUUCAAAUGAAGCAUUAGAAAAGUUCCGUGAUGAAAGUAGGAAAACGGUUAUACGGCUAGUGGAUCAGGAGUCUAGUUACCUGACAGUCGAAUUCUUCAGAAAAUUGCAAAAUGAACCAGACAAAACUCAAGAAAAAAAUCCAGACAAAAAUCCAAAUCCGCAAGCUCCAAAUGCAGAAAGAUACACGGAAGUUCAUUUCAGGAGAAUUGGAUCAAAUGUCUCUGGUUACAUUAACAUGGUCUGUGAGACCCUAAGGAGUUCCAUUCCAAAGGCUGUCGUUCACUGUCAAGUUCGAGAGGCCAGACGAUCACUUCUCAACCACUUUUAUGCGCAGAUUGGCAGAAAAGAGAAAGAGCAGCUUGGCAAAAUGCUCGACGAGGACCCCUCACUCAUGGAAAAGAGAGAGACAUUAGCCAAGAGACUUGAGCUUUACAAGUCUGCGAGAGACGAUAUUGAUGCUGUUGCGUGGAAGUAACAGCAUGCUAAAUGCCGUACAUUUCCUCAUCUCAGCAAGUUGAGUUUUCACAAAAUAAUAGAAAUCCAGUUCCAGGAGUUAGAAAUCAUGAUAUACUUCUUUCAUCAACAGUAUAUUCAGCCCAUAUUUGUUUAGUUUGUAUAGUACUCCUCAACACUGGCUUAUAUCAUAUUCUUGCAACAGUUAUACACAUGAUUUAAUCAAGAUAACAGAGAUUCAAGUAAC